AUGAUGUACCAAAACUGCAUGAAAAUGUCUUCUGUAAUCAUAAAACAGUUUCUGCCUCAUACAAAAUCAGUCUGUGCCAGGCUAAGUCCAGUAGUGUGCAAUGUUUUUAAUUACAGUACGAAAGUUACUACAACCAGUAACGAAGAUGUCCUCAAUAACUUAACAGAUUGGGAGACUUUAAGCAGAAAGAAAAAGAUAAGUAAAGCUAUGAAAGCUUAUUUGGAGAGGGCUCAAGCACACGAUGAGUUCAUGCAUAAACAGCAGUUCGAAUAUAAUAUUGGUAAGCGACAUCUCGCAAACAUGAUGGGAGAAGAUCCUGAGACAUUUACACAGAAGGAUGUUGAUCGCGCUAUCGAAUACUUGUUCCCUAGCGGUAUUUACGAUCCAGCAGCUAGGCCCCUGAUGAAACCCCCAGAAGAAGUAUUCCCAGCACGUAAGGCGGCUGAAUUUGAUGAAGCUGGUAGACCGCAUCAUUUCUUGUUCUACACUGGAAAACCCAGUUACUUUAAACUUAUGUAUGAUGCUGCUGAAAAUAUUCAAGAAUUGUACAAUUUUCAAGACAAAGUUAUUAGGAAAAAAGCCACACCUGAUCCUAAUGGAAACUUAAACUUGGAUUCUACUGUCUGGUUGACAAAGGACCAACUGGAAAACUUGUUAGUAGAAGCAAUAACAGACUUGGAAUAUGACAACUUCAAACUUGUCAUGGAGAGAUUGGUAUCAUUGCCUUAUGCUUACAGAAUAAAGGACUUUAUUGACAAGUAUAGGAAACCACUUGCUUCUCAAAAAUUUGCAUUGGAAAUCCCUAAGCCAAGUUAUGAUGCUGAGGGACGUGCUUUCAUUACAACAUAUGAAUGUUUGAGGAAGAAAGCUAGAGGGGAUGUGACAAUCAGAGCUCCAGGGACUGGCAAGAUUACUAUCAAUGGCAAAGACUUGACUUACUUUGAUGAUAUUCAGUCUAGAGAACAAGUCAUGUUCCCCCUCAUAUUCACUGGAAUGCAAGACAGUGUUGAUGUUGAAUGUAACAUUGAGGGAGGAGGUCCUUCUGGUCAGUCUGGAGCUAUAAGAUGGGGUAUUGCUUGGAGCCUAAGAAGCUUUGUCGAUACUGACAUGCUGCAAAGAAUGCAAGUAGCAGGUUUGCUGACAAGAGAUUUCAGGAGACGUGAGCGUAAGAAGCCUGGUCAACCUGGAGCUAGGAAGAAGCCUACAUGGAAGAGGCGGUAG